CCCGGUGACCCCCAUGGCCUCUCCCAGGACAAUCACCAUCGUGGCCCUCUCGGUCGCCCUGGGGCUCUUCUUUGUCUUCAUGGGGACCAUCAAACUGACCCCUCGGCUCAGCAAAGAUGCUUACAACGAAAUGAAACGAGCCUACAAGAGCUACGUCCGUGCCCUGCCCAUGCUGAAGAAGAUGGGGGUCAGCUCCAUCAUGCUCCGCAAGAGCAUCGGCACCCUGGAGGUGGCCAGCGGCAUCGUCAUGACGCUGGUUCCUGGGCGCCCCAAGGACGUGGCCAACUUUGUGCUGCUGCUGCUGGUCCUGGCUGUGCUCUUCUUCCACCAGCUGGUGGGCGACCCUCUAAAACGCUACGCCCACGCCCUGGUCUUUGGAAUCCUGCUGACCUGCCGCCUGCUGAUCGCCCGCCAGCCGGAGGAGCCGCUGCCGGAGAAGAGGACCCUCUCGGUGAACGGCGAGGAGCAGCCCCUUCUUGCAGAGGCGGCUCCAGAGAAGGGCAAAAUCAAGGUGUCCUAGUGGGGGCCCUCCGAGGGACACGGACCCUCCCAGCAGCUCUCUCUCCCCCAAACACCUAAAAAAAGAUUGGCAUUUCUUUUCUUUUUCUUGGUUUUGUAAAGGGUUGCAAUUUGGAGCA